AUGGUCGAGCAAUCACCGCCGCCUCCAGAACACAUCUACCGCUGGGCGCGCCAGGCAGCAGAGGCUCUGUCGUUUGCGCAUUCGUGCGGCGUGUUGCAUGCAGAUAUCCAUUGUUCCAACUUUCUGCUAGACUCAAACCUAGACCUAAAAGUUGCGGACUUCGCAGGCGCAUCGAUUGACGGUUCGAGAUCGUGGUCCUGCUAUCGCUACUCUCAUCGACUCUUUGAACCCGGCGACGAUGACUGCAACAAGGGCAAGGGUAUGAAGAUCACCGUGCAGUCAGAAAUCUUUGCUCUGGGCUCUGCUAUGUAUGCCAUGAUCCAAGGCCACGACCCCUUUGUGGAGCUGGAGCACGCCAAUGACUGGGCGGAGGUCAGGAGGAGGAUACAAAAGAGAGAAAUGCCUGAUACAAGUUGCCUUCCGAUCCUAGCGGAGGUCAUUCGGAAGUGCUGGAACUUGGAGUAUGCGACUAUGAGAGAGGUUUUGGAUGCUAUCGAAGCCGACAGAAAGGAGCAGAUCGGCCGGAGAAUAGAAGAUGUUUUGGAAGCCAUUGAGUCGCAUCGGACCCCGACACAGUACGGCUAUCGAUACCAGCGGAAAUGCGGGACGACGCCGUCGUCCUGUUCAUCGGAAACACUAUCAUCCGGUUCAUCGGUUGAAAGAUUUCAUUUAUGA